AUGACCGUCGGAUUCUCUCUCUCUCUCUCUCUCUCUCUCUCUCUCUCUCUCUCUCUCUCUCUCUCUCUCUGUGUGUGUGUGUGUGUGUGUGUGUCACUCUGGCUCACAUUCUUUCUCUCACUCUCAACCUCGAAAUCCAUCACUCUCUCCCUCCCUCUCUCUCUAACUCACUCACUCUCUCCCGCUCUCUCUUUCGAACUCACAUUCUAUGUCACACUCUCUCUCUCUCACCUCUCUCUCUCUCUCUCUCUCUCGUCUCGCUCUCUCCCACGGUGUCACUCUAUCUCAUAUUCUCUCUUUCACUCUGACCCUCGAACUCUCACACUCUAUCUAACACACUCACUCUCUCGAACUCACUCACUCUCUCCCUCUCUUUCUCUCUCUCUCUCUCUCUCGAACUCUAUCACACACACUCUCUCUCGAAUUCACUCUAUCUUCCCCUCUCUCUUUCGAAAUCUCAUACUCUCUCAAUCUCUCUCUCUCUCUCUCUCUCUCUCUCUCUCUCAAUCAUUCACUCUCUCUUCCUCUCAACAAAAAUGUCUUGUUCGAAUAUUUGCUACUACCACCGAGAUCUGCACCCGCAUUCGGCUCCACCCGGGCUCGCGCCCUAGGCUUCCGUGCUCAGCGCGGCGCGCUCCUACUCGUCGCGUGCAUGAGAAAACCGACCCGGACCCGGGCGCUGCGAUGAACGCCGAGCCCGCCUUUGAAUAA